CACAACGUACACCCCAACCGACACGCUGUUAUCGACCCAUUUUCAGGCCGUCACAAUGGAAAGGCCCUGAAAAAUCGUUAUCACCAUACGUUCAGUGUCACUUCCUGUCAAAAUUCCUUAUUUCAAACACUGCAACAUUCAAUUUUGUAAAUACAUUAUCGUGAUUUAUCGUAAAGUAUGAAUAGUAAUGUAAAUAGUGAUGUAAAUAGCGCAGAAAUUAGUGAAACUAUUCCAAACGAUCUCGUAGAAUCCCAAAAUGACACGGAAAAAGAUAAACAAUCCGACGAUAUGGACACGGACAGCGUGUUGGAUCCCAACAUCGCGACAGAUUGUUCUGAAAGCAGCAAUGAAGACAGCGUAUCGAACAGCGGCUCGACCGAGGGUAGUUUGACCGAGAAAUUAAGGGAAACACUGGCAUAUCAACAAAAUAUAUUAGAACAAAAUUCCAAUAAAAUCAAAUUGUUAGAAUUGGAUCAAGGGAAGCUACAGCAACUCGCCAAAGAUCUGGAACUGAAGCUAGAAGUUGCUAAUAGGAGGAAAGAUGCAGCUCUUAAGGAGAAGGAGGCUAUGGUUGUUAGGUAUGCCGUAUCCGAAAAAAACAUCCUCAAAGAACAAAAGCAAAAAGAAUCAAUAGACAAGAAGUUGACCGAAACGCAAAAAGAACUCGAAAUCUUACAACACCGUAUCCAAACUCUGAACUCAGAAAAAUCCCGAAUAUGUCAAAUGCUGGACAAUAAACAUUACGAGAACAAGCUACUCCAACAGGAAUUGGAGCAAAAGAAACAGGACCUAGCCGCGCUGGAGAACAAAUUGAAAUGGUCCCAAAACAAUUUGAAGACAGAAAUCGAAAACCAUAGAGACACACAAGCGAAAUUAGAACUAUUAACUACAAAACAUCAAGAACUAACUAAUAACAUUGAUAAUAUUAGGAAAGAAGCUGACGAUGCCGUUAAAUCAUUUCACACUUCCGAAGACAACAGAGCUUUCGUAUUGGACAAACAAGUUAAAGAACAACAAGCUUCGUUAAUACUGCUAAAGCACGAGAAAAACCACAGAGACGAACAAAUGAACUUAUUGCAAAAAGAAGUAAAACGUUUGCAAUCCAAACAAAAAGAAAUGUUACAAGAAAACAACGCUCUAUCACUGAAAGUGCAGCAUUUAGAAAAAGACAGAUCAGAAAACGAAUCGAAGCUGAGCGAACUAAGAGGCUGCGCCGAUCAGCAACGCCAAGACGUCGUUCACUUACAAGCCAAAUCAGUACAGCUGGAACAACUGAAAUCCCAAUUAAAACACGAACAAGACCAGUUAGCGGCUUCCAACGAGCAAAUGACCUUGUUGAAGCAAAGAAACUUGGAAUUGGAAGCCGACAUGGAGACCUGUAGGGUGCGCGAAGCUGAAUUGUUACUAUUCACGCAGCAGUUAACCGAGAAGAACGUCAGACUUCAAUCGGAAUUCACUUCGAUGGAAACCAGAGUACAACAAUUGAGUUGCGAGCAAACUUUACUGAAGAGGCAAGUUAAGGAGCACGAAACCCGAGCUAACUGUCUUUCUACGCAAUUAAAUCAAGAACGUAUUAAAUAUAAAGCCGAUCAUGAGGAUUUGAACAAAAGAUUGAAGGAAGUGACGAAAUUAUGCGAGGAAUUCAAACAGGAAGCGAGCGAUCAGAAAUCCGAGAACGUUUUAAUUAAACGAAAGUUUGAUAUGUCUUUAAGAGAGGUGAAUAGGGAAUUACAGCAUUGCCACAAGAAAAUGGAGGUAUUGGACAAAUCCAGUACGACCAGUACUAGUAGUUCAAAUUCUUCUCUAUCCGAUCGACCCGUAGAUAGGCCCAAUAAUCCCGAAAUCGAUCAACAGACUUUGAUCGAGCACAUAGUGAAAUUGCAGAAGAUCAGCGCUAAGAAAUCGGAAAAGAUCGAUUUUUUGGAGGAGCACGUGAACACUUUGGUUAUCGAGUUGCAGAAAAAGUCGAAAUUGUUGCAGAGUUUCGUGUCUAGGGAGCAAAAGUUGAAUCCCGGCAAGAAGGAUAGGAAAGAUAGUAUUAAAGUUGGUUAGGGGCGGGUUUAAAAAAUUGUUAUUGUUAAGCGAAUUGAUUAUAUAUUUUAUUUUUGUUCGUUGUGACUGAAAUAUGUACCUUAUAUUAUUGAAUUAUAUCAGCUAGUGGAUGAAAUACAGGUUAUUCUAAA